AUGGUGUUUCCCUCCUGUGGAACCCACUCAGAGGAGCAGCGGCCGUUUGGGGCGACUGGGGCCACAGGGGCGGAUAUUGGCACUGCUCGGAAUGUUUUUACUGUCAAGAAAGAGGAGGGUGUUGACCUGGACGCUGACGUGGAUGCUGACGUGGCUGCUGACGUGGACGCGAGAGGCAGGGUGACUCGGGCAUACAGGUACUCGAAGGCGGGGAGUGGAGGAACGGUGCCAAGGACUGCUGCUGCCAUGCAGAAAUCCAGACGGCGGGCGGCCAACAGAGCAUCAGCCAAGCGCAUCCGCAUUCGACAGCAGCAGCACCUGCAGAAACUAGAAUGUGAGACGCGUGAGCUGGCAGCGCUCUGCAAGGCGAUGAGAGCAGACCUGGCAGAGGCGAGCCGCCAGGUGGCGGCUCAUAAGGAGCGGAAUGAGGCUCUGGUGGGGGAGAAGCAGUGGCUGCUACGGCUGCUGGGGGAGAGACAGAGCAGUGGACUGUAG